AUGGGCCCGGGCGCGCCGGCGCUCGCUGUGGUCCUGCUCGCCGCCUGGCCGCCCUGUGCCCCUGGCGCGGCGCGCUGCGGCGCCCGCGUGCUGAAGAGGGGGGAUAAGCUGAAGGCGCGGCUGGUGGAGCCAGUGCUGGCGCGACGGGACGUGUCCUCCGCGCGCGCGCGCCAGCGCGGCUGGGACCGCGCGGGCCUGCUGGAGGACUACGGCGAGCUCGUCUGCCCGAUUUUGGACCCGAUCUACGCCCGGCACCUCUGGGACGAGCUGCGGCCCUACCCGAAGUGCCGGGCCUUCGUGGAGGGCCUGGCGCAGGGCGGCGCCGAGGGGUCGGGCGCAGCCCUGCCUCCGCUGACGCUGUCCUUCAACGGCGGCUACCAGGGCGCGGAGGCCAUGCAGGCUCAGCUCCGGCGCGACGUUGCGCUGCCCGGCUGGGCCACGAGGCUGCUCGGCAGCGACGAGCGCCAGACUUAUACGCAGUGGACGCUCUCGUUCGGGCCCAACGGCACCGGGAUCCAGAUGCACGGCACCCACCCCCGCACCGUGGUCGCAGUGCUCGAGGACGCCCUGGAGCGGCUCCGGCAGGCGGCCGGGCCCGGCGACCCCGCCCUCUACUGGCAGCUGGGCCCGGGGCAGCUGCUGCCGGGGCGGAGCUGGGACGAGGGGCUGUGGCAGCGCGCCCUGCGGGAGGUGCCGGGCGCAGUGGAGUGCGUGCAGGCCAAGCUGGUGCUGUCGCGUAAGUUUUGCAGGAAGGGUUUCUCCUCGCACGCCAAGUGGAAGAAGAUAGCGCGUGUCGACGGGGCUCCUUUGGAGGGGCCAAGGUCUCGACCGACUCCCGAGUGCAAGCUGCUUUCCAGGGCGCUGCUGGGCAGCUCCGGGGCCCAGCGAGGGCCCGCGGGGACGAAGCGGCAGAUUCACAUCACCGCCGUGCCGGGUGCCACCGAGCAAGCCAGCAAGCGCCCCCGCGCCGCGAGGCACGUGCCCAAGAAGCACCUCCUGAGCGCGGGCGUGUGCCUGGGCAAGUUCACGCACAGCCGCAAGUUCCGCUUGACCAUCACCGCGCUGGACUACCUGGCCCGGCUGGCGCAGUACAGGGUCUGGCUGAAGCCCACGGGCGAGCAGCACUUUGUCUACGGCAACCACGUCGUGAAGGCCCACCUGCGGCGCAUCACGGAGGGCGCCCCGCGCAACGCCGGCGUGGUCGUGCUCAACGAGGCACCGGGAGGGGCGCGGAGAGGCCGGAGGCGGAGGCGCCGCCGGGGGCGCGAGGCGGUGCCGGAGGCUGACGUUCCCAUCGGCUUCGGCGUCACGGCCAAGUCGACCGAGGAGUGCCAGGACGCCGGGGCCGAGGCGCUCGUGGUCUACCACCAGGCGGACGUGGGCGAGUACCUCCGGGAAGAGGAUCGUGCGCGCUUCUCGCAGGGGUCGAGCCGCAGCCAGCCGUGCGCACGCCCGAUGGGGCGCCCCACCGCGAGAGGGUGGAGAGGCCAUUCGUCUCCUUCCCGCCGCCCCUCCGACGCCCUCGCGCCUGCUCAAGGCUGA